UUUAAAAUAUUUUCCCUGUCUGCAUACUACAGCAGAACAUCUCCUCCUCUUUUACUGAAGUGAAAUGGCAUUAAAUGGGAAAAUCGCGGUUGUGACCGGAGGAGCAAUGGGAAUAGGAAAAGCAGUGACGGAGAUACUUGUGCGAAACGGUGCUCAGGUGGCCUUCCUGGAUGUGAAUGAAACUGAGGGAAAGAGUUUAUCGGAAGACCUCAACAAACAGUACGGGCAAGAGAGGACUCUGUUCCUGAGCUGUAAUGUUGAGUCAGAGGAGCAGAUCAAAGCUGCCUUCCAGAAAACUGCUGAAAUCUUCGGAGGAAUAGACAUCAUAUGCAACAAUGCCGGCAUUGUGAAUGAGAGCGAGUGGGAGAAAACUGUCUCCAUAAAUCUUAUGGGUGUUAUCAGAGGGACUUAUCUGGCUCUGGAGCACAUGAACAAGUUGACUGGCGGUCGGGGAGGGGUCAUUGUCAACACAGCGUCCAUGGCAGGUAUUGGCCCUUUACCAAGCUGCCCUGUCUAUACAGCCACCAAGCAUGGAGUGGUUGGCUUCACUAGAGCCAUGGCGGCUGCCUCUGCUGUGUCAGGCUAUGGUAUACGGUUCAAUGCCCUUUGCCCAGGAUUCGUCCAAACUGACCUCCUUUCUACCAUUUCAUCCAAAUUGGGACUAUUCGCCUCCUUGGCUGAUGUAACCCAACAAAUAGUAGACAAAAUUGGGAUUCUAACUGUAUCUGAGGUAGCCGAGUGCCUCCUUGAGCUGGUGACAGAUGAGACGAAGAGUGGAGAGGCCCUCAUGGUGUUCCCAAAAGGAAAGUCGUACGUGACAUUUCCCUCAUUCAUUCAGUAGCUCUUCAAAAUGACAAAACACAACACUGUCAUACAGAACCAAACCCUCUGACUGAAUUAUGUUAUUAAAAAUGAAAUGUCACAGGGAACAAGGAGUAUCAGCUAAGUAGUAGUCAAUACAUUAUACAUAGAGGGGUCUAAGUUGCAGGCUUUUUACAUGUGUAUUUUAAGCACCUGUAAUACACUUCUUCACUGAUGUUUAUUCCUUUUGCUCAUUGGUCUAAUCAUAAUUCAUUGUGAAUGAUUGCUUCUGCUGCUUACAAUAAAUGUACAUGAAUGUCAAACAUCUAACAAUUCAUUAGAUCAAGACAUAUGCUCAUAUCAUAGUUAUAAUAUAUGUGUAAACUGAAGUGGAACAUCUGAAAUAUUGUAUUGUAAUAGUCAAGAAAGAUUUUGGUUAGAGUAAGGCAGUAACAAUUAUCAAUUUUCACCUGAUCUAAAAUCCUCUCAGAAUGUAAUUAUGUGUAUUAACCACAAGGUGUCACUAUUAGCUGGCAAAUUUGUCAAUUUUUACUGGAACAGUUCAAGCAAAUAGAAAAAAAACCAACACAUUUUUGCACUUACCCCUAAGGGUAUUUAUCCAUGCAGAUAUGUUUUAGUUUUUGUGCUGAUGUUUUAAGAUAUGCACCUCUCAAAUAUUGACAGCAAUCUAAAUACAAUUGAGGUGAAUAUCAUUUUAUUUUGUGUUUAUGUUUGACAAACUCAACAGAAACUUGUCUUUCCAGAAAUUAUGUCCUGAUUACUCUGAUAAUCCAGACUUUAGUGUCAAUAGUUUGUGGUUUUUCUUCAGUAGAAAGUAGAUAACUGAGAAACCAGGAAAGAAAAGUUUGCUGUUUGUUCUUAAAAUGUAAUUUGUCAGUGCUCUGGGUGGCGAAAUGGUGGCAGUAUCAUUUUUCUUACUCAUUAUCAUGUUAUAUCAUCAUCAUAUAUCAUGUUCAUGUUAUUAUUUUGUACUGUACAAAUAUUUGGACAAAUUAUAUUUCGAUGCUUUGGCAAUAUUGCACUCAAAACUUUCAUGCCAAUAAAGCCCAUUGAAUUGCAUUAAAUAUUUAUGCCCUUUUUAUGACCUCAAAAAGCAUAUUCAGUUCAGUUCAAUUCAAUUCAAUUCAGUUCAGAUAUUACAAUACCAUAUGAUAUACUUUGUAACUGCAGUUACAAGAAACAAACUACAUAUGAACAAAACAGCACCAGCUGUGUCAAUCACAACAAUAAAUUGCACAUAAAAUUUUGCACUCACCUCAUGGUAAAACACAAUGGACAUAACACAUAUUGCACACACCCUAUAAUAAAACACCAUGAGACCAUUGCACAAUUCCAAAAGCGUCAAGCAGCAUUUUUUAAAAGUUUGAUAGAAAUAGGCACAAAUGAGUUUACAGUAGGGGCCUCUGUAUCGUCUGCCAGAGGGCAAGAGUUCAUAUUCUGUGUUGAGUUGAGGAUAUGUGAUGGAUUGGUCAUUAUCCUCUGAGUUUGGCUAAAAACAGACUUCUCAUAUAUUGACUGGAGGGGCUAGUAUUCAUUCCUCAUCCCAUAUCUGACUAAGCUCUCUAGUACAGCCUGGUAAAAUAAAAACAUAAUCCUGUGGUCCAUACAUGCAAUCUGAGUCUGUGUAAAAAAAAUAUAGUCUCUGCUGUAGACAAGAACAUAAACCUUCUGCCUGAAAGUGUCAUCCAAGUGAACGCUGAGAUACUUGUACGAGCAAACCUGAUUUAUGUGUGUAUUAGGUAUGACCACAGGACUAUGAGCCCCUACUGAUGCAGGGUUCAAAACCAUCUCUUUAACAACAUUUAAAAUUAGAUGAUUGGUGUCACACCACUGCACAAAGUUUUCUAGGAUGGCUGUUUGAACAUGUAUUUGUGUAUAGUGUGAAAAGAACUGGAGAGCUGACACAUUCCUGCAUGGCACCUAUUUUGAUUUAUCUGGUUUCUGAAAGGGUCAGUGCUCAAGCACACCUAAAUUUGAUCUCAGCACCCCUAAAAAUAAUUGUUUUUUUUUUUCCUUCUAAAAAUGAUUUUAUACGACUUUAAUUAUUUUGCCCGUCUGUUAAAGAUGGGACAAACAAUUAUGCUACAGGUUCAAAUGGUUUUAUUUUAACAGUUUUAAUGUAUUUUGUAUAGUUCCGUCAUUAAUAUUGUCUUUUCCUCAGGGUUCAUUAAAUCUCUUAGGGUCCUCUCUGUAGAAAUCUGUGAUAGUUUAUUCUGAACCAUUAUUAUUAUUAUUGUCACAGCCCCAGCUGUGACCUCCUGAGUUUCCUUGUUUGUCUGUCUUGUCUCCUCCCCUUGUGCUCCUCCCCUGUUUUUCUGUGUUUCAAUUGGCAGAGGCAGGGCUCAGUGGUGGAGGUUUGGCACACCUGAAAUUCAUCUCAAUCAACAGCUGCAGCAUAAAGACCUGGUUCACCCUUGCAUCCCCUGCCAGAUAGUUCCGCUACUCAUGUGUUUUUGCCUACCCCACCCACUGGUGCCCUGCCUCUGUCCCCUGGAUCCCUCUCCCUGUGCACUGCCUUCCCAUCUUGGACCUACCUCACCAACCUCCCCUGGAACCCUACCCCAGACCCAGCCACUG